AUGGUGCAACUUUUACAGAUGAACGGGCACUUUACUGGGUUGCCUCAUGAAGAUCUGCAAGUAUAUAUCCAGAACUUUCUGGAAAUCAAUGAUACUUACCCACCAACGGGGGUUCUAUCCUUCGGGAAAGACAGCUAUGGUAAGAAGCGAAAUCGUGGACAGGUGCUGGAGAAAAUUUAUGAUGAGCUACAUACACUCCUGAACCGCAUAUCUCAGGGAAAUACUGAGUGGAAUAGAGGAAAUUCCAAGCCUGUAAACGCAAUAAGUACCCAUAGCGGUUGGCAACUAAUUGAAUUGACUCCCCAACCAAAAUUGGAUGAGCUGAAAGGUAAAGGAAAAGUUGGGGAAAAAGGUGAAUCCAACAGGCAAAAGGAGGAUGAAGAAUCAAAAAUGAAACCUCCCCCUCCGUUCCGACAAAAGUUUAAGAAAAAGAAGAAGGAGGAAUGUUUUGAGAAGUUCAUAAACAUGCUGAAACAGGUACAAAUUAAUUUACCUUUGAUUGAUGUUUUGCAGGGUAUCCCUAAGAACGCUAAGUAUACCAAGGUCAUUAUGGACAAAAAGAAUAAGCUGGCAGAGUAUGAAAUAGUAGCACUUACUGAGGAGUACAAUUCAAGAAUUCUAAAUAAAAUUAAGCUCCCAACAAAGCAGAAAGAUCCAAGGAUUUUCAUGGUACAGAAAUUGGGUUUUGGAAAUCCAACGCCUACCAUCAUUCUGUUACAACUGGCAGACAGCUCAGUAGCCAGACCAGAUGGGAUCAUUGAGGAUGUAUUAGUCCAGGUGGGAUCACUCAUUUUCCCUAUGGACUUUGUCAUCCUACCACCAUUCCUUGCAACAAGAGUUGCAUUCAUAGAUGUAGCAGCAGGGCGACUCACAAUCAAAGAUCAUAUAAAGGUGCAAGUAUUUGAUGUGUAUAAUGUAUUGAAAUUACCUGCGAUAUAUGAAGAGCUAUCUGCAAUAAUAGUAAUUGAUGAAGUAGUAGCGAAGAAAUGUGUGGAAUCUAAAAAUCCUAUGGAGAGUGUGUUAAUGGGUCAAGACAGAGAAGGGGAUGUGCUGGCUCAAGAAAUUGUUAAUAUGUUGGAUACUCACAACAUGAGCAUGUGGAAAAAAUAA